GUAUGGGAUUCGACAACCACCAUCCCGAGUGAAAGUCAAGGGCCUAUAAGUCGACUUGCCGAUGUCUUCGCUGACUCUACGAACGCAAAAUACUCUUACGCGACAUCAUCUACCGGACGCCCUGCUUUGUCCGUUCUUCCAGCUCUCGAUAGCUUUCAUACCACCCGCUCCGCCGCGCAAUUGACGUCUCCAUGAGUUCCUACAAGCAAUCUUUUACCCCCGCCAAAUGAUUUGGUACCUUCUGUACCCAUUCCGUGGCACCACCGAGCCCCCCAAGCUGCCGACUGAUCACCCACUUCGACGAGCAUUCGUGAGCCAUGGGACUCGCACUUCUCGACAUUGGCUUCUCUCAUUGUUGCUAUCCACGGCUGUAGGAGUAUCUCUGUGCUAUCCAGCCUUCUUCCUUUAUGGUAGUUCCGCACACACUCCUCACAGUCUCCCCCGCCAUGUCUGGACAUCCGCCCGGCAAUACGAAGGCAAUCCGGAGACACGCGCAGAUGUUGAAAUGCGACCCAUAUGGAUACAUGGGGGUUAUAUGCAAGCGCUGGAGCCGGCGAUAUUUCGCGAUGCCACUAUUAUACAGGAUAUUAUGAUAGGUCAAGGAUUUGGAGAAAAGCUAUGGCAUCCUGUAGAUGACGCUGCGAGUGAUGCAGCAGUGGAUCCACAGACCUUGUCGGUGUCACCAUACCCUUGCAACUUAUCGUCCGGUACUACAAAUCAUCAAUGGGGAUUUCAUUCGCCCUUGAUGUUCGCAAAUUGCACGAUAUCGAGAGCUGAAACCACCGAGGAGUUGAUCAACAAGCUGAACAACGGCUUAUUCUCCCGCUCACAUUGGAACAUCACGCUUCGUCCUUCGACAGUCUUUGCGGGGAAAUCUUUCAUUCGAAACAGACUUGUAGCGGCCGAUGCCUUGGUAAUAACACUCUUCGACCGUCUGGGCUUCGCCAUUGGGGAUGAAUGGCAGUCUAGGGCUGAAGCAUUGGUUCGGGCACAUGGCCAUCAUUGGACGUUCUAUCCGGAAGGUGCCACAGUGACGCAGAGUCAACUCUACGAAUUCCAGUUCCAACCGAUGAGCCUCAAUGAGGAUAUUUCGAUUUCUCUGGCGUACUUCCUCACGGCACUGUACGUUAUCAUAAGUCUGCGCAAGCUCAGAGCGGUCAAAAGCAAACUUGGACUGUUGUUCACAGUCAUCGUAGAGAUGGCUGUGUCUAUACUUGCUAGUUUGACAAUUUGCGGCCUGCUUGGGAUCCAGCUUAGUCGCAUCCCUCGCGAGUUUCAUCCAUUCGUUGUCUCAGUGAUUGGACUCGAAAACAGGUUUCGCCUGAUAAAUGCUGUUAUAGCUUACCCUCCUGAGAUGCAAACGGUGUCAAGGAUAGCUCAUGCCCUUGGCGAUGUAGGUCCUCUAGCCCUGGGAUCCGCUGGCCAAAUGCUCGUCAUUCUAUGGUUUAUUUCGCGGGUUGUAUAUCCCGACAUUGCUGCCCUGUGUACAUUUGCAGCUAUUGCACUGAUAUUCGACUUCUUCUUUCAUUUGACAUUCUUUACGGCUGUUUUGAGUGUUGACAUACGACGUAUGGAACUUCAGGAGUUCCUAGAUCGAGCCAAUCAAUCGAAAAAGCAGGAUAAUCAUGCUUCAACACACCGCAUAUCUUGGUUUGAAGCCAUGGCUAGCGGAAACAUGCCCUUCAGUACUCGGAUAGCCGGCACAUCUGCAACAGUCUGUUUCGUGCUCGCAUUGAACCUACACUUCUUCAACAGUGAGACUGGGUUUCAACUGCUUUGGGAUAGUCUGCAUCUAAAACGAACAUAUCCCCAGGGUACUCAAGCAGGAAACACAAUGCUACCCCCUCCAAUCAAUCAAGCUCGGACGCCUAGUGCAUGGAUGGAAAUGCAGGACUACGACACCGCUAAAGAGAUUAUGCACAUGGUGAAGCCGAAUGCUCAUAAGUUCAUUGCUCGGGUCUAUGAGCCUCUGAAUAUACUUUUGCAACACGCAGAUCGCGAACACUCAAAACAAAAGUAUCCGACUCUCUUGGAGAUACUCCGCCAAUUGGCUAACAAGCAUUUCUUUUCCUUCGGGCUUGUCGUCGUGGUCGUGAUCUCCUUGACCACACUUCUCAUGAAUUACCUGUUAUGGGAAGAGGUCGCUGAAAACCAGGCGCACGCAGGGACUGGUGGAGACCAACUCUCAGUUCAAACUCUACCCUCACCUCAGUCCUACGACAUCGCUAGAAUUUAUGCAUCCUCAAAAGCAGAUGUCAUAUCAGUCAGCCUUGAUAGAUCUAUUGCUAUAUGGUUAUCAGAGCCUCAAACAAAUUCAUACUCGAAAGCAACAGAGAUCGACACGAAGACGCGCCAGAUCAUCUGGCCCGUAGCUCUGGCCACUUUUGACGAAGAUAGUAUUGUGGCUGUAUUCUGCACUGACUUUGGCCAACUUGCUUUCUAUAGCAUGCGCGAUAAACGACUAUUUAAGGGCAAUAUCGCAUCGGUCGAUCUCCGAGGACAUGCGCCUGUAUCAAUUUUUUUAAUGUCAUUAGACCUUGAAAAUCCAGGGUCGGCCAGGGUCAUACUGGUAUCAUCAGGUGGUCAGUUGCAUGAUAUCGAUUUUCGCGGAGGCCAAGUAGCUGUUCAUUGCAUUCACGACAAACAUGCAACAUCAGCAUCAAUGGUGGGAAACCGAAAGGAUGGCUACGUGAUUGUCACUACAUUCCAUGACGGAAGUGUUGCAGGCUCCAGGCAUUCAGAUGGGGUCUGGAAGACUGAAGUGGUUCCGACGAUUCGUCCACUAAAUGGCAUGGCAGUUGCUUCUUCGAAGCUGCGUUCUGUGAUACCCCUCCCCGAGCUCGACAUGGUAGCCACUGUGGGUCCAUCAAAGGUGGAUUUGCUCAGGUUGCCAGGUCUUAAAAUCGUAUAUUCAUUCCCACUAGCCUCUUGUCACCGAGACUCGGUUCGCAUAUUGCAUUCCGCUAGUCGUCAGUGCCAAUGCUCAGGUACGAGCGUCCGUUCAAUCGCAAUCGUUUAUACAGACUCAGUACAUCAGAAUUGCGUAGUGGAAAGCUAUUCCGCAAAGGAAGUAUCAGCUUUCAUCUGUCUUGGACCUUCAAAUGGACGUCUUGAGAAUUGCCUUGGCCUUGAAAGAGCUCAGAAAGGUAGCAUGCAGGUUGAGAACCCAGGUGUGUGGGAGACAACCAGCGUCCAAUCCAUAUUGGGAGUUGGGAAGCGCACGAAAUUUGGCGAGUCUUCAAUGAGUACCUCAAGCAAGAGAGAAGACUCCAGAGCAGCUCCAUCGCAGAACGGCUCCUUGACGACAAGGCUACGCUUGCAAAACAAUAGUACUCUACGGAACGCAAAUAAAAGAUUAUCAACAGCUGAUCUAAGUAAUGACAACCACGAGUGGAGAGCAUGGACCCUAACAAUGAACGGCGAGUUCCACACACGAAGCCUGGCUUCAAAUGCCUUACCUUCUGCAUCUUUGAGUACUCAAGAGGAGGAACUCCUAGUCCCAAGAGCUGGUCCUAUCGUAAGAGCAGGAAAAAGAAGUGUGAUUGUGGCAGUGGGAAACAGCCUCAAAGUCAUCUCAACGGGUAACGAACGUUUCGACGGAUCGCCGAAUGGAUUCGAACACCCUAUGUCGUCUGUGAAGGGAAGGAAGAAGGGCAUGAAGAAGAAUAUAUAAAACAAGGCCUCAGCGUAGCAAGGGGCGUAAUGGUGCCGGGCGUCGAAACAAGUAUCAGUAAUAAGGUGAUGAAGUGAAGUAAACAGCAGAGCUCUUACGUUUGCGUGUGUCAGUCUAGGAUUUUGUCGUUUGUAUAUACUGGGAUUGGACGAAUGUAAUGACUUUAAUGGGUACAUAUAGAGCUCGAGUCACUAUAGAUCGAGGCGUCAUGGGAAACUGUAUUUAUGUAUUGAUACCAGGAGAC